UUUUCAGUUUGUGUCGUUCGUGUAUCUUUCCUUGUUCUCUGGCCGCUGCGCGCACAGACAGAAUGCCGUCGAUUGAAUACGACGAUUCCAAGCCCAGCUGGGCCGAUCAGGUUGAAGAGGAGGGAGACGAAGGUACCCUACCCCCUCCAAAAGAAACCGUCAAAGGAAAUAUCAAAACCAUCACGGAAUACAAGAUCGAUGAGGAUGGAAAGAAGUUCAAGAUUAUUCGCACCUUCAAGAUUGAGACUAGGAAGGCCUCCAAAGCUGUUGCCAGGAGAAAGAACUGGAAGAAGUUUGGCAACUCAGAGUAUGACCCACCAGGUCCCAAUGUUGCUGAUACCACAGUCAGUGAUGAUGUCUUUAUGGUGUUCAUCUCUAGCAAAGAGGACCUGAAUGCCCAAGAUGUGGAAGAGGACCCCAUGAACAAGCUGAAGGGACAGAAGAUAGUGUCCUGUCGAAUCUGUAAAGGAGACCAUUGGACCACCCGCUGCCCCUACAAGGACACUCUGGGUCCCAUGCAGAAGGAGCUGGCCGAGCAGCUGGGCCUGUCCACUGGAGACCCGACAAAGGCUGCCGGGGACGAGCCUGAGCCUGCCGCACCAGCUGCAGGGAGCAAAACGGGGAAGUAUGUGCCCCCCAGCCUGAGGGACGGCAGCACACGUAGAGGAGAGUCCAUGCAACCCAAUCGCCGUGGUGCAUCUGAUGACAACGCCACCAUCCGUGUGACCAACCUGUCUGAGGACACACGCGAGACGGAUCUGCAGGAGCUCUUCAGGCCGUUCGGCUCCAUCUCCAGGAUCUACCUGGCCAAGGACAAAAACACAGGCCAGUCCAAGGGCUUUGCCUUUAUCAGUUUCCACCGCAGGGAGGAUGCAGCCAGAGCCAUCGCAGGAGUGUCAGGAUUUGGAUACGAUCAUCUUAUCCUCAAUGUGGAAUGGGCCAAACCAUCAAACAACUGAGAUGGAGAUGACAUUUCAGGAGGAAUGCCAGAUUUUGUUCAUGUAAUAAGAUGUGGCUCUGAAUAAAGACUUGUCAUUCUGA